CGGGGAAUACAGCGGUGGUUGCAAAAGGCAUCUGGUAUUGUCCUUCUGCCACUGUCUUAAAAGGGAUUCUAAAGGGAUUUUCUUUCCCUUGUUCCUCCAGCCGUACACUUGCAUUACUGGCCUAAGUGGAUACUCACCAGCUGGCCGUGUCCAUCAUUACGGCCAAGUCUGAGAAUUCCUGAGUAUACUUAGAGCCUGUGGAGCUGCUGACACAAACAGUCAUUAGCAGACGACACUUUUGCAACAAACUAUGCUUUAAAAUGUAAACUGUUGGGGGCAUUUUCCUAGAGUUGUCCAGAAGGAACUUUCUCCUGCCUGAGCCUGGAUUAACCAUGAGAGAGCUCGUCAACAUUCCACUGGUACACAUUCUUACCUUGGUUGCCUUCAGCGGGACUGAGAUACUUCCAAAAGCUCCUGUCAUCACCACUCCUCUUGAAACGGUGGAUGCCUUAGUCGAAGAAGUGGCUACUUUCAUGUGUGCAGUGGAAUCCUAUCCCCAGCCUGAAAUUUCCUGGACUAGAAAUAAAAUUCUCAUUAAGCUCUUUGAUACCCGGUACAGCAUUCGGGAGAAUGGGCAGCUCCUCACCAUCCUGAGUGUGGAAGACAGUGAUGAUGGCAUUUACUGUUGCAUAGCCAACAACGGUGUAGGAGGAGCUGCGGAGAGUUGUGGCGCUCUGCAAGUGAAGAUGAAACCGAAAAUAACUCGUCCUCCCAUAAAUGUAAAAAUAAUAGAAGGAUUAAAGGCAGUUCUACCAUGUACUACAAUGGGCAAUCCUAAACCAUCAGUGUCAUGGAUUAAGGGAGAUAGCGCUCUUAGGGAAAAUUCCCGCAUUGCCGUUCUUGAAUCUGGGAGUUUAAGGAUUCAUAAUGUGCAAAAGGAAGAUGCAGGACAUUAUCGAUGUGUGGCAAAAAACAGCCUCGGGACGGCAUAUUCCAAAUUGGUGAAGCUGGAAGUUGAGGCUCUUAAUAUGACAAAUGCCACAGAGAGAGAAGAAAGUGAACCUGAGCAAGAUAAUAAAGUUUUUGCCAGAAUCCUGCGAGCUCCUGAAUCCCAUAAUGUCACCUUUGGCUCCUUUGUGACCCUACGCUGUACAGCAACCGGCAUGCCUGUUCCCACCAUCACCUGGAUUGAAAAUGGAAAUGCUGUUUCUUCUGGGUCCAUUCAAGAAAGUGUGAAAGACCGAGUGAUUGACUCAAGACUGCAGCUGUUUAUCACCAAGCCAGGACUCUACACAUGUAUAGCUACCAAUAAGCAUGGAGAGAAAUUCAGUACUGCAAAGGCUGCAGCCACCAUCAGUAUAGCAGCCUGGAGUAAACCACAGAAAGAUAACAAAGGCUACUGCGCCCAGUACAGAGGAGAAGUGUGUAAUGCUGUACUGGCAAAAGAUGCUCUUGUUUUCUUCAACAAUUCCUAUGUGGACCCUGAGGAGGCCCAAGAACUAUUGGUCCACACGGCCUGGAAUGAACUGAAAGCACUGAGUCCAGUCUGCCGGCCGGCUGCAGAGGCUUUGCUGUGUAACCAUAUCUUCCAAGAAUGCAACCCUGGAGUAGUACCUACUCCUAUACCCAUUUGCAGAGAAUACUGCCUGGCAGUGAAGGAACUCUUCUGUGUGAAAGAAUGGCUGGCGAUGGAAGAAAAGAACCGCAGAGCAAUCUACAGAUCUGGGAUGCAUGUGCUGUCCAUGCCAGAUUGCAGCACGCUCCCCAGCAUGCACCGGGACCCGUUGGCCUGUACCAGACUGCCAUAUUUAGAUUAUAAAAAGGAAAACCUAACAACAUUCCCACCAAUGACGUCCUCAAAGCCAAGUGUGGACAUUCCAAAUUUGCCUUCCUCCUCCUCCUCCUCCUUCUCUGUUUCACCUACAUACUCCAUGACUGUAAUAGUCUCCAUCAUGUCCAGCUUUGCAGUAUUUGCGCUUCUUACCAUAACUACCCUUUAUUGUUGCCGAAGAAGAAAACAGUGGAAGAAUAAUAAAAGAGAAUCAGCGGCAGUAACCCUCACUACUCUUCCUUCUGAGCUCCUGCUAGACAGACUUCAUCCCAACCCCAUGUACCAAAGGAUGCCACUCCUUCUGAACCCCAAAUUGCUCAGCCUGGAGUAUCCAAGGAAUAACAUUGAAUAUGUGAGAGAUAUCGGAGAGGGAGCAUUUGGAAGGGUCUUUCAAGCGAGGGCUCCGGGCUUACUUCCCUAUGAACCUUUUACUAUGGUGGCAGUGAAGAUGCUCAAAGAAGAAGCUUCAGCAGACAUGCAAGCAGAUUUUCAAAGGGAAGCAGCCCUCAUGGCAGAAUUUGAUAAUCCAAACAUUGUGAAACUCUUAGGUGUGUGUGCUGUGGGGAAACCCAUGUGCCUGCUGUUUGAAUACAUGGCCUAUGGAGACCUCAAUGAAUUCCUCCGCAGCAUGUCUCCCCACACCGUGUGCAGCCUCAGUCACAGCGACUUGUCCAUGAGGGCUCAGGUCUCCAGCCCAGGACCCCCGCCCCUCUCCUGUGCUGAGCAGCUUUGCAUCGCCAGGCAGGUAGCCGCUGGCAUGGCUUACCUCUCAGAGCGUAAGUUUGUCCACCGGGAUUUAGCCACCAGAAACUGCCUCGUGGGUGAAAACAUGGUGGUGAAAAUUGCCGACUUUGGCCUCUCUAGGAACAUCUACUCAGCAGAUUACUACAAAGCUAAUGAAAACGAUGCUAUCCCUAUUCGCUGGAUGCCACCUGAGUCCAUUUUCUAUAACCGCUACACCACAGAGUCUGAUGUGUGGGCCUACGGUGUGGUCCUGUGGGAGAUCUUCUCCUAUGGCCUGCAGCCCUACUAUGGGAUGGCCCAUGAGGAGGUCAUUUACUAUGUGCGCGAUGGCAACAUUCUGUCCUGCCCUGAGAAUUGCCCCCUGGAGCUGUACAAUCUAAUGCGACUGUGUUGGAGCAAGCUGCCUGCAGACAGACCUAGUUUCGCCAGUAUUCACCGAAUUCUAGAACGCAUGUGUGAGAGGGCAGAAGGAACUGUGAGUGUCUAAGGGUCAAAGAUGUGCAAAGAAAACACUGCCAUGUCUCUCAGGCUCUGUGAGCCGGAAGAAUCCAAUGCCAGAAGCCCAUCAAGAACCACAUAGGAAAGAAUAAUAGUAGACAUGAGUAGCAUGUGGUUUGUUUCUUGAGAAAAGCAAAGACAGUGCAGAACUGACCUAUUGAAAGUUGAUGAUUGGAAACACAGGCUAGGAACUAUGUCAGAUAACCAGAGACAACUACUCUUCCUCAUGGGGAAAGUUUGUAUUACAUAUUGUACUGGAAAGAAUGUCAUCUGUUCAGUUCCUGAAAUAGCUGGCUGCAGAGUAAGAGUCUGCUGUAUUAAAUUUUAAUAUAAUUGAAAUGUGAUACAGAACUUCAUUUUUAAUAGAGUUAAUUCCUGUCCAUUAUGAAAGUGGUAUAGCUUCAUGUAAGAUAUUUAACUAAAGCACAGAAAACAAAAGAGAGAAACCAUUCAUUGUCUCCCCACCCAAAG